AUGGACGACCACGAUGUGCCCGAGACGUCGACAGCAUCCAAGCCAAAAAGGCCUCUGUUCAAAAAGCGCAAGGUAAAGUCUGGUACAAAAUCAGCACCGGAUGCCACGGGCACGACGGGGCAGAGCGAUGGGGUCUCAACCACAAUCAAUCUGGACGAGGACGACGACGGCUUGGACCUAUUCAAGCGCUCCAAGGACUUUUUCCCCGUGUUCGUCAAGGACCGAGAGGAGGAACUGGCAGCAGAAACACAAAAAUCAGAAGAAUCGAGUGAUCGAAAACGCCGAAAAAUCUCGCCAUCGGCAGACGGCACAUCUCCAAAGUCGGAUCUUUAUGAUGUAUCGGAGGAUGAAAAGGAGCGCAUUCGCAUGAGGCGAGAUGAGAAACCGCUCACCCCACCACCGACAAAAGACAAGUCACUGUUAACCUCUUCUGGGCGGCGAUCCGCCCAAUGCGACUUGGGCAAGGGCAAAGCAACCGCCUCCCCCACCAGCGCAACGCCAUCGAGGCGUGCAUCCGUGAGACCAGCUCCGAGCAGCUCCAUCGUAAUAUCCGACUCGGACGACGAUUAUGUCCCCAGGCCCACCGCUAGCAGGAAGCCGCCAGCAGGGACCAAAGAUCCAGCAGCGUCGCCGACUCGGACGGAGCAGCAGGCAACCACUACAACACCGAUAGAGAUAGAUGACCAUCUCGAAGAAGUCGCGCCAGCUACCGACGGCCCGGAUGACGAAGACAACGAGUUUGCCCACUUUGUCGUCGCCGCGCGGGAGCGUCGGGAAAACCAAAAGGCCGCCCGUGCAGCCGCCGAAUCUGCCAGGGGCACAAAGCCAAUCGAGGAACGGACCAUCCAAGUCUUUGUGACGUCGAGGCUUCCUCCGCCCAAAAUGCACCCCGUCGUCAUCAAUACGGUGAUGCGCAAGCCCAUCAAAAUACUGCGGGACACGGUCGUGGCGUUCUCGGCCUCCAGAGGCCGGCCGCUGACCGACGAGGAGGAAAAGGGGGCGUUCCUGGUGUGGAAAGACAGACGGCUGUAUGGCUCCUCCACGCUUAUGUCGCUCGGCGUCAUGCCGGAUGCACACGGCGACUUUUCAAAAACGGGCCCAGGACAUGCCAACGACGGCGUGACCGUCAACGGCCAGCUCCACUUUGAGCUGUUCACCGAGGAGAUCUAUGCCGAGUGGAUGCAGCAGCUAGAAAGGCAACGGCAAAAAGACCUCUACCAGACGAUAUCAGACGAGGGUGAACCCGGCCAGAAUCCUGCCGCCGAUGGACAGGACGAGACCCAGGCGCAAGAUGUCAAGAGUUCUGAAAAGAUACGCAUCUUUCUGAAAGCCAAAAACUUAGAUCAGGUCAAGGCUUCAGCGAAGGCUGAUACUGAGAUUAGUGAGCUCGUCGCCGCCUUUCGCAACGUACGCAAGAUUCCGGCGGACAAGGAGGUCGUCAUCAUGUUUGACGGCGACAAGCUCGCCGAGAACGACACUGUUGGGGAUGCGGGGAUUGAAGACAGGGACGUUGUCGAUGUGCUCGUCAAAUGA